GCGCUCGGCGUCUUGGCCGGCCCGGGUUGUCCCUGCCCCGCCGCGGCCCCAGAGCCCGGGCGCCUGAAGCUGGGGGCGCGGCCACGCUCGCCUCUCCCGGCCGGUGGCGGGCAGGCCCUGCCCUGAAGAGGAGAAGCGACGAGGAGCGCGGGAGGUGGAGCUGAUCCCGAGGGCCGCUGGGGUCUGUCCCCCGAGCGCCAGCUCGCCGGACCCACCUGGAGGCGGUCCCGGGCCCCCUGCCCAUGCGGAGCGCCCCCAACUCGGUCUGUGAGCAGCUGCACACAGCCAAGCUUCGAGCAGAGGAAGAAGGGACAGUGGUCAUCCGGGGCCACCCGGGCCCUCCUUGCGGCAUUUGGAAACCGGUGUUCGCCUCGAAGUCUGCGCGUGGCACCGGUGCUCUGACUGUGGCAGCACCCGGCAGGACCCAGAUCUGGAGCCCCAGCCACCUCCUGGGCGCAGCUGCCGCCGCGCCACCCAGCCUUUGCGCGGUCUCCCUCUGCUUGGUGGCGGUCACGGCCAAGGAAUUAUUAUGAGGGAGGCCGACGACUUCACGCUCCCGACAGAGACGCGGCACUGGGAUUAGGGUUUGCCACUUCUGAGAGGAUGCUGGGAAUCUGCAGAGGGAGACGGAAAUUCCUGGCUGCCUCUCUGACUCUGCUCUGCAUCCCGGCUGUCACCUGGAUUUACUUGUUUGCUGGGAGCUUGGAAGAAAACCUCCUAGGAUUACAUUGGGACGACCCAGAUGUUCCCAGGCCAGACGCCCCAGAUGGCAAGCCGGUGUCUCUAUCCCCGCUGGAGUCCCAGGCGCACAGCCCCAGGUACACAGCCUCCAGCCAGCGGGAACGUGAAAACCUGGAGGUGCGCAUGCGUGAGGUGGAGGAGGAGAACCGAGCCCUUCGCCGACAGCUCAGCCUGGCCCAGGGCCGGGCCCCAGCCCAUCGCCGUGGCAACCACUCCAAGACCUACUCUAUGGAGGAGGGGACUGGGGACAGCGAGAACCUCCGGGCUGGCAUCGUGGCGGGCAACAGCUCCGAGUGUGGGCAGCAGCCGGUCGUGGAGAAAUGUGAGACAAUCCACGUUGCCAUUGUCUGUGCCGGAUACAACGCCAGCCGCGAUGUCGUCACCUUGGUCAAGUCCGUCCUGUUUCACCGGCGGAACCCUCUCCACUUCCACCUCAUUGCAGACUCCAUCGCAGAGCAGAUCCUGGCCACACUCUUCCAGACCUGGAUGGUGCCUGCCGUGCGAGUGGACUUCUACAAUGCUGAUGAACUAAAGUCUGAAGUUUCCUGGAUCCCCAACAAGCAUUACUCUGGGAUCUACGGCCUCAUGAAGCUCGUCCUGACCAAGACCCUUCCUGCCAACCUGGAGAGGGUCAUUGUCCUGGACACAGACAUCACCUUUGCCACCGACAUCGCCGAGCUGUGGGCUGUGUUCCACAAGUUCAAAGGUCAGCAGGCCCUGGGCUUGGUGGAGAACCAGAGUGAUUGGUACCUUGGAAACCUGUGGAAAAAUCACCGCCCGUGGCCAGCCCUGGGGAGGGGCUACAACACAGGUGUGAUCCUCCUGCUGCUGGAUAAGCUGAGGAAGAUGAAGUGGGAGCAGAUGUGGAGGCUGACGGCGGAGAGGGAGCUCAUGGGCAUGCUGUCCACAUCCUUAGCUGACCAGGAUAUUUUCAAUGCCGUCAUCAAGCAGAACCCCUUCCUGGUGUAUCAGCUCCCCUGCUUCUGGAACGUGCAGCUAUCAGACCACACCCGCUCCGAGCAGUGCUACAGAGACGUGUCCGAUCUGAAGGUUAUCCACUGGAACUCCCCUAAAAAGCUUCGGGUGAAGAACAAGCAUGUGGAAUUCUUCCGCAACCUUUACCUGACCUUCCUGGAGUAUGAUGGCAACCUCCUAAGGCGGGAGCUGUUUGGCUGCCCCAGCGAAGCUGACGUCAACAGUGAGAAUCUGCAGAAGCAGCUUUCAGAGCUGGAUGAGGACGACCUGUGCUAUGAGUUCCGGCGAGAGCGCUUCACUGUCCACCGCACGCACCUCUACUUCCUGCACUAUGAAUAUGAGCCAGCUGCCGACAACACGGACGUCACCUUGGUCGCCCAGCUCUCCAUGGACAGACUCCAGAUGCUGGAAGCCAUCUGUAAACACUGGGAGGGGCCCAUCAGCCUUGCCUUGUACCUGUCGGACGCCGAGGCCCAGCAGUUCCUGCGCUACGCCCAGGGCUCCGAGGUGCUCAUGAGCCGCCACAACGUGGGCUACCACAUCGUCUACAAGGAGGGCCAGUUCUACCCCGUGAACCUCCUGCGUAAUGUUGCCAUGAAGCACAUCAGCACCCCCUACACGUUUCUGUCUGACAUCGACUUCCUGCCCAUGUACGGGCUCUACGAGUACCUCAGGAAGUCUGUCCUCCAGCUUGACCUUGCCAACACUAAGAAAGCAAUGAUCGUUCCUGCGUUCGAGACGCUGCGCUACCGGCUGUCCUUCCCCAAGUCGAAAGCAGAGCUGCUGUCGAUGUUGGACAUGGGGACCCUCUUCACGUUCAGGUACCAUGUCUGGACAAAAGGCCACGCGCCUACAAACUUCGCCAAGUGGCGGACCGCCACUACGCCUUACCAGGUUGAGUGGGAAGCUGACUUUGAGCCGUAUGUUGUCGUGCGACGUGACUGCCCUGAGUAUGACCGGAGGUUUGUGGGCUUUGGCUGGAACAAAGUGGCUCAUAUCAUGGAACUGGAUGCACAGGAAUACGAAUUCAUUGUGCUGCCCAACGCCUACAUGAUCCACAUGCCUCACGCGCCCAGCUUCGACAUUACCAAGUUCCGUUCCAACAAGCAAUAUCGCAUCUGUCUCAAAACCCUGAAGGAGGAGUUCCAGCAGGACAUGUCCCGCCGCUAUGGCUUUGCCGCCCUGAAAUAUCUCACGGCCGAGAACAACAGCUAGCACCAGGAUGUGCUCACGGGAGAGACACGCACUGCAGGGAAAAAGCUGCUUGCUGACUGGGGCCCAGAUGCAAAACUGAGCGGUGCUUUUUUGGAGGGGUUGUUUUGCUUUGUCUCUAAGUCCCAACAAAACCGCCCUUACAUCUGAGGUCUUGGACAAGGAUCCAGUCCGUCUGUUUGUGCCUCAGGACCCAGCAGUUCUAGAGUGGAGAAAAAUGAACCACCGACCUAUAUCUCUUCAAGAAUGGGACCUGGGGAUGAGAGGAAGUAGGGAUCAUUGUCUUACCACAAAACCACAAACCGAAGCAGAGCUUUAAGAAUGUUCUCACUAUGUUUUAAUCAUUAGGGGUCCCAACAUAGUUGGGGAGAAAAGGAGUUUGCUGGGGGAGUAGUCGUCCCAGGAAAUAAAAAGCAAAAUGGUCUCUCCAUUCUGUGGAAGCUCUCGUCUGUGCCCUGCAGCGUAGCUCAGUAUGCGGGGGAGGGCAAACCAAUGGUGUGAACCAAUGAGGUGUUGCCUCUGGAGGGAGCUGGAGGCGGGGUGUGUUGGUUUUUUUAUCCUCUAAGUCACUCUUGUUUUGAUUUGUUUUUGUUGGGAGGUUUUCUUUGGUUGGUUUGGAUUCAGGAAAUCCAAAACAGAAAGUCUGAUCCAUGAAGGCUCUAAAGGAAGAUAAUCCACCGUGUCACCCCACGUGCCCCGAGCAGCAGCCCAACAAGGAGAACCAGAGCCUGCAGCCGCUUCCCACCCAGGUGGCUCCCUCCAGGAUCGUCACCAAGGCUACCAUGACUGGGAUCUCCUUGCUCUCCAGAAUCCAGGGACUGCAGACACAGGAGGGCUAACUCUAGUACACCUGUCACGUUUUUCUAUUGGCAGAAAUGGUUUCAUGGGCAAAGGGCUUUGACAGACAAUUCUAGCGCACCCAGAAGCUACAGACCUCUCGGGCCUUUAGAAGAACUUGAGUUCACAGGAGUCCACUUCUGAAAUGGACAUGUCCGUGUGGAGACGUACGGAAAGAACGUGGCUGACUCCCCUGCGUUCUUGUCCGCUUCCCUGUGGAUGGGAGCAGGUGACAACCUCAACCUCCCCCUGGGAGCUGGCCAGGGGGAGACAAGCACCUUCACCGUCCCAGAGUGAGGAGACACUGGACUUUGUGCCCACUUUUCUUGAAUCUUCAAUAUUAAUGUUGUGUUUACAUUGAUGAGAACAGGGGGUUAACGCCCUACCUUCUGCUGGGCUGUUUGUAUUCAGUUGCAAUGUGACCAGCGAAAGCUGCAUCAAAUAAAUGGAAGUACAGACUGUU